AACCAGACCUUAUUCCCUCCCCUCCCCUCCCCUCCCUUUCUCCCCUGACUCCUGCUCUACUGGAUCCUCCGCCUCCAUCGCCUCUCGCGCCUCCAUCGACCUCGGCGCCUCGUCCGUCCUGCUCCACCUCUUCUUACGCCGGGUUAACAUUUGAGGCAUGGCGAAACACCACCCGGACCUGAUCAUGUGCCGGAAGCAGCCCGGCAUCGCCAUCGGGCGGCUGUGCGAGAAGUGCGACGGCAAGUGCGUCGUCUGCGACUCGUACGUGCGGCCGUGCACGCUGGUCCGCGUCUGCGACGAGUGCAACUACGGGUCGUUCCAGGGGCGGUGCGUCAUCUGCGGCGGCGUGGGCAUCUCGGACGCCUACUACUGCAAGGAGUGCACGCAGCAGGAGAAGGACCGGGACGGGUGCCCCAAGAUCGUCAACCUCGGUAGCGCCAAGACCGACCUCUUCUACGAGCGCAAGAAGUACGGGUUCAAGAAGAGGUGACGGAUCAGUCAGUUGAGCAUCCGUGAUGUGCUUCUCGUGGUUCUGUGUCUGAGCAGCGUAGCGUGACUGAUCAUAUGGGCACACAAUGCAGUUGUGUACCAUGUGCAUGUAUGUGUUCAGAAAAUUUUCUGUUGACAGAUUGAAGCUGGAGAGUACGCUCAAGUUUGACACUGUUACGUAUUCUCUUUUUUUUACCGUAUCACUC